UGAUAACAAUGGUUGCUUCUAAGCAGAAGGAAAUGAAUCAAGAUUAGGACAUGGUCAGACAGAGGUUCAUCCUCAUUUUUAAGGUUUUCAUAUUCACAAAGAGUUGCUAUUCAUGUUGUCUAAUUGAAAAAGUAUUGAAGUCACAGACCUCUAAUAUACCUAGAGAUGUCAUAUAGUUGAUUAGCAAGUCAGGUCGAGUGGGCGCAGACCUCUAAGAUCACAGUCUUCCUCCCACAGAUGAUGCAUCGAGCAGCAGGAUUUGGCAGAGGUUUGAAACCAUGGAUCAUUGCCCUCCUCGUCUUGUUAUUACUGACAGUGGUGGCUGUGGCCAUUGGUCUUCUGACUCACUUCUUAGUCUCUGGGCAGAAAAUGGAGUAUUAUCACAGCACCUUUAAAAUUUCAGAUCUACGAAUCAACAGUAAUUCUGGACAAAGCAGCCCAUACCAGCUUAAGGACUUACGGGCAAUGAGUGAAAACUUGGUGGAUGAUAUAUUUAUAGAUUCAGCCUUGAACAAGCAUUAUAUCAAGAACCAAGUAGUCAGACUAACUCCAGAGGAAGAUGCUGCGACCGUAGAUGUCAUUAUGGUGUUCCAGUUCCCCUCUGCUGAGCCAAGGACAGUGAGAAAGAGGAAAAUCCGUAGCAUCUUAAAUGAGAAGAUAAGGAACACUAGAGCCUUGUCAAUAAAUACCUCAUCAGUUGAAGUUAAUGCAAUGAGCUCAUCAACAGGGAAGCUAACUGUCCAAGCAUGUUGUGGCAAACGAGUUGUUCCAUUAAUAGUCAACAGAAUAAUUUCUGGAGAGACUGCAGCCAGGGCGGCCUGGCCUUGGCAAGCUUCCCUUCAGCAUAAUAACGUACAUCAGUGUGGGGCCACGUUGAUUAGUAAUACAUGGCUUGCUACCGCAGCGCACUGCUUUAAGGAUAAAGCAAAUCCACGUCAGUGGACUGUUAGCUUUGGAACAACAAUCAACCCUCCAUUAAUGAAAAGAAAUAUCAGAAGAAUUGUUGUCCAUGAGAGGUAUCGCUCCCCAGCAAAAGAGUACGACAUUGCUGUUGUGCAAUUCUCUCCCAGAGUCACCUUUACUGACAACAUCCGUCGAGUUUGUUUGCCAGAAGCCUCUGCAUCCUUCCAACCAAAUUCAACCGUCUAUAUCACGGGGUUUGGAGCACUUGUCUAUGGUGGGGAAUCCCAAAAUAACCUUCGGGAAGCCAAAGUGAAAAUCAUAAGUGAUGAUGUGUGCAAGCAACCACAUGUGUAUGGCGAUGACAUAAAAUUUGGGAUGUUUUGUGCUGGAUAUCUGGAAGGAAAUUAUGAUGCCUGCAGGGGUGAUUCUGGGGGACCUUUAGUUGGAAAGGAUUUUAAAGAUACCUGGUAUCUCAUUGGAAUUGUGAGCUGGGGAGAUGACUGCGGUCAAAAGAACAAACCUGGAGUCUACACAAAAGUGUCUUAUUACCGAAACUGGAUUACUUCAAAAACAGGCCUCUAAUUCACUAUACAAGUUGAACAUUGAGAGCUGUAUGCAGGUCGUACAUGUAUGAGAACCCAUAUGCUCUGUGGCUGUAGUACAAUGAAGUGAGGUUAAAUGACAUGAUUUAUUUCAGAAUCACUUUAAUCAACCAAAACCCCAUAGCCAAUUAGUAAAAGAUUUAAAUUUACAAGGUAGCAGGUCAGAGUAGCCUAACUUGAAAAUACAGCAGAGAUACUGAGCUCUUUAAAUCAGCAAACUAGAGUAUAAAAGUGGAGCAAUGCAAAUUUUUAAGGAUAAUCCGUAAGAUUUUUAGAGUGUCUUUGUUAGGGAUGUCCCCUUAAGUGAGAAACUUUUUAAACUCUCAGAGUUUAGGAAACCCUUAUAUAAUUUUCUAUCAUUUCUCCAGAGCUCACAAAUACUUUUUCCCCCUUUUUUCUAGUUCUUUCUGGUUUUCCAAAAAGAUUUUCCAUACUUUCUAUUUAUAAAUCCAUUGGAGGGAUCCUAAUUUUUUAAAAAGCUAUAUCUAGGAAACAAAGCAUAGUGAUAAAUCAAGCCAGAGAUCUUCUAACCUUUGUCUGCUGUAAAAUCUCUGUAAUUUUUCAGUGAUUCCUUAACACACACACACAAACACACACACACUAUCUCUAUCCUCAGAUAUACGCAGAAAAAGCCUGAUUAAUGAAUGUAAACAGUAAUUAGCUAAUCAAAAAUGUAUUUUUGUUACAAAAUUUGGGGGAAGGUGAUAGUAACUUCAUGAGCAGUCCCAAAACAAUGGCACAAAAAUUGGACAUUUUAUAGAUGCAUUUACAUGUUUGGACCAAUCAGGAGGCAGCUUUGUACAUUAUUGUUGUAAGGUUAAAUGCCAUGAAUAAAAUGAGAAUUGUUUAGUAUGUUGAAGAAUUAGUAAGCAUUAUCUUUCCACACAGAAAGAAAAAGUUUAUUCACUUGUAUUGCUGCAGCCAAUUAUCUCCUAAGGCUUGCAGCAAUAGCCUGAAUAUUGCAACCAUGAAAUACUAGUUUGUUUUUUUAUUUAAUAAAUAUAAAUGUUGAAGACCUACCAUAUAGAACACAUGAACAAAGUGAUCUGAAAGAGCAAAUGAACUCCUUAUGUGUCUCAUUAAGACAUUAGGUGAGUCAGGCUCAUGUAUUCCAUGACACAAUUAAAUGAAGAUUUUGUGGAAACUGUUACUCUGUGUGACAGUGCUGGCUAAACAUCAGGGUUAUAGGCAGGACAGCAUUUACUCAUGCAGUCUAAAUAUAAACCACACCGUUAGAAAAUUGAGUUAUUUUAUAAUAAUUCUCCCAAUGUGCUAUUGAUAAGGCAUAAAAAUAAUCCUAAAAUAAUCUAAAAGAGAUCUAAAUUUUAUUCACCAUAAAAAUCAAUCCAUAAUUUAGACUCAUAGAAUUUUAAAGCUUAGGAGAGACUACAUGUCAUGUAGGCCAGUACACUUAGGGUUCAGAGAACUGAAGCCAAGAAAAGUAAAUGACUUGGUGAAGCGGUAGGCAAUUUGUAUCCCCAGUGGGCCUAGAACCGAGGUAUCAAUUUCACAUGUCCUUUCCUUACAAAGUAUCUUUAUGAUUGUCUAUAUGUACUGAAUCAUCAGCUAUAUAAAAAUUUCAGUGAGUUCUAUUGAAUCUGUUUUAAAUUAAGAAACUCAAGAAUUUUAAAUAACGUGAUUCACUUAGGCAGCUGGCUGCCAAUUCUCUGAACCCGCUUCAAGAUAAAGCUGCUUCUUCUUAUAUAAAAAUAUACAUAGGUAUACAAAUUAUUCAAUAUUAUGGUAGUAAGAUAUAAUUCUGAUUUCUAGUGUUAAGAUUCAAGAAAUGAUCUUAGAGUUAUAACUCUGUAUUUCUAAACUGUUUUGUGAAACAUUUAAUCCUGGGUCACAGUAAGCAAGUAUUGAUAUAUCAUUUAAAAUCUAAUAAUAAAGUUGGUGAU